CAGCCGCAGAGGAAGCAUCACUUUGGUCUGUCAAAGGCUUGAUGUGACCGCCUAAAGUGUUGCCAUGGAUGAGUUUGAAGGAACAACAGAGUUCUAUGACUAUACAAUGGCAUAUUUGGAUGAAGACGAUGAUUGUUAUUUCAACUUCACAGACUAUGAUGAUUCAGAACCAAGGUCCUGGAACUGCUUCUACUGGAGUGAGCUGCUCCCUCCCCUAGCAGUCUACACUCUGUCCCUACUGCUGGGAGUCACCGGCAACAUUCUCAUAGUGUUCACCACAUGCCGCUACAGGAGGAUGAAGAGUCCCACAAAUGUGUUCUUGGCCAGUCUAGCAACAGCUGAUCUGCUACUCAUCAUCAUCUGUAUACCUGUCAAGCUGGCUAAGCUCUUCUCCUACACAUGGACUAUGGGGUUCUUCCUCUGCAAGAUGGUCCAUUAUCUUCAAACCGUUGUUGCCGUAUGUUCAGUGCUGACUCUCAUGGCCAUCAGCAUUGAAAGGUACUAUGCCAUUUGUCAUCCAAUGAAGGCCAAAUACAUUUGCACAAUCAGUCAGGCCAAGAAAAUAAUUAUAACAAUAUGGAUCACAUCAUUCUUGCUCGCUUUGCCCAAUUUAGUUGUUCAGGUUCAUUUGGAGGUUGGGUUCAAACUGAAGGCGUUCUACUGUUCCUUAAAUUACGAUGAUCGACCUCAACUACAAUUGUACGUGAUGUACAUGCUGAUCCUGGUGUUCAUCGUACCGUCGUCUGUCAUGGUGGUCACCUACAGCACAAUCUGCUGGGAGGUCUGGCGAGUGAUGAAGCAGAGACAUCACAUGGUUAGUGGCAGAGCGGUCUUGAAACCUGAAAGCAUCCCUUUGGCAAAUAAACAUCAAAACGGAAAUCAAAAUGGAACUCCGGCCACUAGUCUGCCCCCACCAAAUGAUGACAAGGGAAAUGUGAAACAGGUUAUCAAGAUGUUAAUACUUAUCGUCGUUGUAUUCAUUACUUGCUGGGCUCCAAUAUUGAUAUGGGAUACUCUGACUGCCUUCCACACCAUACCUGAAUAUGCUACAGGAACUUUGAAACAUCUGAAGACAACAUUCCAUCUCAUGUCGUACGCUAACAGCUGUAUCAAUCCCAUAAUUUAUGGCUUCAUGUCCAAAAACUUCCGAGAGAGUUUUCAGAAGGCAUUGAGCAGAUGUUGUGGCCGCAGCUUACAACGGCAGCUCUCCUUGUCUCAGACUAGAGGGACUUCUAUCCGUAAGGACCGAUCCACCGUCAGUACUCAGUUUACCAGCUGAUGCAUUAUUAUUACACUUGUCAGUAACUACACAUUUCAUUGGUCUUCAAUUCUGUUGAGAAUGCAUUACUAUUGUGACAAAUGUGCAGGGAAUAAGCUAGACCUUUUUGUAAUGUAGAAUAGAAAAGAUUCAUUAACCAGUAGGUUUUCAUCAUAUCCAUAAUAUGGAUUCAUAAUUUUCAAACAAAGUAUGAGAUUCAUAUAAAUAAUUUAUGACUUUCAGUACUCAAGUAACUCUAAUCUAUAUAUGCAAAAGGCAAAGCCCUCACUGACUCACUCACUCAUCACUAAUUCUCUUACUUCCCAUUUAGCUAGGAGGCUGACAUUUGGUACACUGAUUCUUUAGGCAUUAAAUAGGAAAACUAAGCUGUUUUUAUUCUGAUCGGACUCUCGGGCUCCGCCCCAGUGGCUCUGGA